AUGGCAGAAUUCGUCGGAGCCAUAGGCACCGUCGCCGCUGUUGCGCAGAUGGCCGAAUACGCAGCAAAGGCUUCCUUGGAAUUCUAUGAUUUCUUAAAAACGAUUAAGAACGCUCCUCGUGAGAUUGUUGACAUAACUCGCGACAUCAAUACCUUCCACAAACUUGUCUGCAACCUUCAAGGCUCACUAAGCUCUCCCACCGUGCAGGAUAUUGUUGGCCGGGACGCCGACAUCAGCCACGCACUGAAAGCGCUGGAGGAGCCCAUGGCGAAUUGUUGCGAUGUUUUUAAAAGCUUAACAGAAAAAUUGCAACCACAUUUAAAAGAGGAUGAUUCCCCCGGGACACCUGGAACAGAGAAAAAUGUGAUAGAUAGCGAUUCGUCAAGCAAAACAAAUCGGAAAAUUAGUSGAGCCGAUAUGAAGUGGUAUUUUAAAAGGAGAGAGGUGUAUGGUUUGGUGUCACAGUUGGAGCGAACCAAGGUCACUUUUGCAGAUGCCAUGGGCAGCACCACCCUACUUCUUACUUUGAAAUCGGCAGCCAUCAAAACAGAACUGCCGGAGUAUACGAGCACACAAAGUACAAUUCCAUGUGAAUUGGAGAACGCAUUCAACCAAGACGCCGGUGCAGCCCUUCGCAAAUUUGCAGAUACAGCUUCUACCAUGAACUAUCCGAUCACCUCAAAAGAUAAUACGGAGGAGAAGGACGAACGAAAACCGGAACUGCCUCGAAAUAACAGUACUUUGACCAAGAUGCUAAUUCAAACGGUCAAAGAUGGAUCCAUUACGGAUACAAUCGAAGCCCUAAAGGUCGUUGAUGUGGAUAGUCAAGAUCAAGACGGACGAACUGCACUUUCAUGGGCUGCCGAGCUGGGUAGACCUAACAUUGCCGAAUUACUCAUCCGCAGAGGGUCUGCUGUUUCACUCCGUCAAUACACCACUAACCGCCAUGCUCCAAAUAGGCCUGAUCCAAAACAAUCGAGUGGUCGAGUUCCAUUACAUUGGGCAGCGGCUUGCGACAGACCAGUUAUUGUCAGCCUACUGCUGCGCAAUGGUGCUAAUCCUAAUGCAAGGUCGACUGUUGGUCGAUCUUCGUUGCAGGAGGCUUCUAUGAAUAAUAACAUCAACAUUGUGAAGACAUUGUUGGAAAACGGCGCGGAUGUAAACGCGCGAAGUUAUAACCAUGGUUGGACGGCGAUGCAUGAAGCAGCAUUCUACGGUCACCAAGAGAUGACUCAAUAUCUCUCCGAGCGUGGUGCCUGGCUCGACCCUCUGACCUCGCCAAACCUGAAAACACCAUUACAAAUGGCCAUGACAACCAAGCAACUAGUAGUGUCACGAAUGCUCUUAGAUUUUGGAGCAGACCCUAACGCGCAGAUGUUACAUGACACGACGGCUCUACAUAUAGCGGCUGCCGGGGGAUGGGUUGUAGGGAUUGAUUUACUUUUGAAAGCGGGCGCAUUGAUCAACGCGAGAGAUGCGAUGUUACACGAGACGCCGCUGCAUAAAGCGGCGCGGAAUUUGCAAUUGAACGCUAUCGAAGCAUUGCGCAGAAAUGGUGCUAAUGAGGAGGCAAGGAACAUAGAUGGUCACACUUAUCGCGAUAUUGUGGAUUUCGCGCGUCUCGAUCCCGACAGUUGGUUUAUUCCGGUGGAUGAUCCUUCCAUUUAUCGAUGA